AUGGCACUCCUGGAAGCGGUCCUCUUCUCCUCCCUCUGGGCUUUUGGCCUUGGACAAUUAACGUGGGAGCAACCUGAAAUAUCAGUUACUGGAGCAAGACAUAAGAGUGUAGUUAUAUCUUGCAAGGUGUCCUCUGCAGACUUUAGCAAAGAAUACAUCCACUGGUACCGGCAUAAACCAGAUCAGGGUAUAGAACAUCUAGCAUACGUCGUAACAGACCCUGCUCUACUUCACUUAGGAGAGAAGAAAAACAAGAUUGAGGCCAGAAAAGACAUCCCCACUUCCACUUCUACCUUGAAAAUAAAAUUCUUAGAGAAAGAAGAUGAGGCCACGUACUACUGUGCCAGAUGGUCAGCAGGGGAUGGCAAGAGAGUCAAAGUGUUUGGUUCUGGAACACAGCUCAUUGUUACAGAUAGAAGCCUUGAUGUAGACAUGUCUCCCAAGCCCACUAUAUUUCUUCCUUCGAUUGAUGAAAUAAACCUCCACGAGGCUGGAACACAUCUUUGCCUUCUCGAGAAUUUUUUCCCUGAUGUUAUUAAGGUCUAUUGGAAAGAAAAGAAUGGCAACAGAGUUCUGGAAUCCCAGCAGGGAAAUAUCAUCAAGACUAAUGAUACAUACAUGAAAUUCAGCUGGCUGACCGUGACUAAAAGGUCAAUGGAUAAUGAACACGUAUGUAUUGUCAAACACGAGAAUAAUAAAGGAGGAAUUGAUCAAGAGAUUCUUUUCCCUUCAAUUAACAAAGAGGUCACUACACAUGCCUGCGUGAAAAAAGGAAGUGAUUCCCUGCAGCUGCAGCUCAUGAACACCUGUGCCUACUAUACCUACCUCCUUCUCCUCCUCAAGAGCUCGGUCUACUUUGUCAUCGUCGCCUUCUGUGUGUGUAGGAGAACAGCUGUCUGCGGCCAUGGGAAGAGCUCGUGACAGAGGGGACCACAAAGGGGUCACCUUUCCUUCAUCAUCUCUUGUCUCUAAAAGUGUCUGCUGAGGAUCUAGCUGGGCUUCCUUUCUGGGUUUGGGUUAUUUCAGUUCACAUGUGUAUUCUUCUAUGUGCCAUUAUUGUGUAAGGGCUUUUCAAACCACUGGGCAAGCAGACAGUUUGACUCCGUAACAGGGAAUUCUGCCACUACUCAGGGGCAGGGCCCAGGGCUGGCCCAGGGGAGCCUCUCCCACCACUGUCCCCACAACCUCAUCAGCUCCUCCUGCCCCCGAGUCCUCGUGUCUCCUGAGGGCACACAGCGGGCAGCUCCCCUCUCCUCCCUCAGUGCCUCCACCCAGAUCACGGCCCUGACCCUCCCUGCCACCCACCCUGGGGCCGCCAGCUUUGCCACUUGAAUCCUGUCCUUUGA